AUGUCUUCGCUUCCUUUCCCGCGCUACUUCCAGACCCAGGCCCAACUGGACCUGGUGCGCCGCCUCAUGGGAUGGACCACGCCGGAAAACGCCAAGAAGAUCAGGGCCGGCAAAAUCCCCCUCCGCGACCUUGCCGCGGGGGAGUUCAUUCUCUUCAACUCGUAUGCCAUGUGCAGGCCCCUCUCUUCGGACGUUUCAAGCACGUCCGCCGGAGCCGCCUCAGCUGGGGGGUCCGACCCCCAGCCAGUACCUGCAGCAGCCGAACCUAGAGGUCUGGAACCGGAGGCCGCCACACCCCCAAGGUCUGAGCCCACCCUGGAGGAGGAUGCCGCCGGACCUGCUGCGUCGACCGAGGCGCCAGAAACAGCAGCAGCACCGGACGCCGAGCUGGAGCCUCCUCCAGCUGAACCAGCAGCGGCAGCCGAGGCGGCAGCGCCGGAGGCAGCGGUAGUGCCGGAGGAGGCGGCAGCACUAGAGGCAGUGGCGGCGGAGGUCGCAGAGGCCGCCAGCACCACCACUCCACCUGCGCAGGAGGUGGAGCCGGAGGUGGUGCCAGGGAGGCGCCUUCUGCCAAGUCCAGCGGAGGUCCUGCUCCCCCGCCUCUUUGCCAAGAGUCUGCAGGUUCAUGAGGAGCUGGAGGCUGGCAUCCGCCGAGACUGGGAGAGGGAAGAAAGGCUCACCGCCCGCGAAGCAGAGGAGGUGACCCGGCUUGAGGAGGUCCAGGAGCGGGAGGCGGCUGUGGAGAAGGAGCUGGCGGUCGGGACCCGGAGGCUUCGGGAGCGGGAAGCGGCCUUCCAGGAAAGGGAGGCCAAGGUGGAGGAGUUCCAGGCGGAACGGAGCGCUAGCAUCGGCCGCAUCGCAAGGUGGGCCGGUAAGGUGAAUUCCUCCCUGGAAGCUCUCGGAGCAAACCCCAUCUGGGUGGUGGAGGCUCCUUCAUCGCUUGGCGUCGCCCUCCAGGUGCUGGACUCCGCCGCUGAGCGACUUCAAGGCCUGGAGUCCGGCAUGCUCGACCUCCUGGAGACAGAAGGGAGAGCAGUUGCCUGGGAGACUGCUGAGUAUAUCCUCACCUAUUUCCGGAGCCACGACCCCGCCAUUCAACUAACUCCUGUCCUGGUUGGUCCCAUCCGGGCGACGGCGGCCGCCGCGAAGGAGGGCGUGCAAGAGGCGGCCGAUAUGGUGGUGUCCCGCAUCCGACGCCGUCCCGACGCCUCCAGACCACCAGGACAAUAG